AAAAGAAAUUAAAUUUAAACUCGGGACUUUCUCCUUUCUCCCUUCUCUCGCACCCCAUUCAUCCUUACUGCAAAUUCUUAUAAACUGAAGAAGACGAAACAAUCUGUGUCUCUGGGUGGGUGCGUGCGUGCGUGUAUUCCUCUAUUUGUCUGAGAGAAUAAUAUCUUCUUAAAGCAUUAAGUGGAGGCAACGAAGGAAAAUGAAAAGCGAAGAGAACCAAAUUUUGCUCUCUUUUGUUUGCAUAGCCAUGUGAGAGUUCUGACACAUUCUCUUCCCCUCCCUCCUUCUCCCUCGCUGGCGCAUUAGUUCGCUUUUCUGGUUUCUACUGAGUCACCAACUCGGUGAGUGAACUCAAUGGCUUCUUCCUCGCGAGCAAGGAGUAGUUCACCGUUUUCUUACCGUAAAUCCUCGACUCCGUACUCAUCCACUUCUUCGUCUUCUUCCUUCAUGAGCGGAAGGUUAAUGCCCCGAUCCUGCUCUUCCUCUACGUCGUCGUUUUUCAACUCCGGUGGCCGAUCCAUGACUCCGAGUCGCGGUUGCAGCGAGUCAACGUAUCAAGGUUCGCGCGGUUACGGUGGUCGUUCCCCGGUGGCGUUCGGGACGGAGGAGCUGAUUGCGGAGCCUGUGGAUUCGUCGAGGUCUGGCGAUAGCAUUUCGGUCACGAUUCGGUUUAGGCCGUUGAGUGAAAGGGAGUAUCAGAGAGGGGAUGAGAUCGCGUGGUAUGCGGAUGGUGACAAGAUUGUCAGAAAUGAGUAUAAUCCAGCUACUGCUUAUGCAUUUGAUAGAGUAUUUGGACCACAUACCAAUUCUGAAGAAGUGUAUGAAGUAGCAGCCAAACCUGUAGUGAAGGCUGCCAUGGAGGGCAUCAAUGGAACUGUGUUUGCCUAUGGUGUGACGAGUAGUGGUAAGACACAUACUAUGCAUGGUGAUCAAAAUUCUCCUGGUAUCAUACCCCUGGCUAUAAAGGAUGUUUUCAGUAUGAUCCAAGAUACUCCAGGAAGAGAAUUCUUACUCCGAGUGUCAUAUCUAGAAAUAUACAAUGAGGUGAUAAAUGACUUACUUGAUCCAACUGGCCAAAAUUUGCGAGUUAGAGAAGAUGCACAGGGAACUUAUGUGGAGGGUAUUAAGGAAGAAGUUGUUUUAUCUCCUGGACAUGCACUUUCUUUUAUUGCUGCUGGAGAAGAGCAUCGUCAUGUUGGAUCAAACAAUUUUAAUCUCUUUAGCAGCCGGAGUCACACAAUAUUUACACUGAUGAUAGAAAGCAGUGCUCAUGGUGAUGAUUAUGAUGGAGUGAUCUUCUCUCAACUUAACUUGAUUGAUUUGGCUGGAUCUGAGAGCUCAAAAACUGAGACAACUGGGUUAAGAAGAAAAGAAGGAUCUUACAUCAACAAAAGUCUUCUGACACUUGGAACUGUUAUAGGAAAAUUGAGCGAGGGGAAGGCAUCUCAUGUUCCAUAUCGAGAUUCAAAGCUAACCCGCCUGCUGCAAUCUUCUCUUAGUGGCCAUGGCCAUGUUUCUCUUAUAUGCACAGUAACUCCAGCAUCCAGUAACAUGGAGGAGACUCAUAAUACCUUGAAGUUUGCCAGCAGGGCAAAACGAGUUGAAAUAUAUGCAUCACGUAAUAAGAUUAUUGAUGAAAAAUCUCUGAUUAAGAAAUAUCAGAGAGAAAUUUCAGUCCUCAAACUAGAACUUGAUCAACUAAAGAAGGGGAUGGUAGUUGGUGUCAAUCAUGAGGAAAUUUUGACCUUAAAGCAAAAGUUGGAAGAAGGUCAGGUAAAAAUGCAAUCAAGAUUGGAAGAAGAGGAGGAAGCCAAGGCUGCUCUUCUGAGUAGGAUCCAGAGGCUAACCAAACUAAUUCUGGUUUCCUCAAAGAAUGCAAUUCCUGGAUAUCUAACUGAUAUUCCCAGCCACCAACGAAGUCACUCUGUUGGCGAGGAUGAUAAAUUUGAUGCCCUUCGUGAUGGUGGUCUAAUUGAAAAUGAGAGUGAGAAGGAUGCUUCUGCAGCGUCAUCAGAUUUGUUUCCCGAUGUUAGACAUAAAAGAUCAUCAAGUAGAUGGAAUGAAGAGCUCUCCCCAGCUAGCAGUACUGUUACUGAAUCAACACAAGCUGGUGAACUGAUCAGCAGAACAAAACUGACAGCGGGUGGGAUGACAACGUCCGAUCAAAAGGAUCUUCUUGUUGAACAAGUCAAAAUGCUAGCUGGAGAUAUUGCUUUCAGUACCAGCACUCUGAAGCGCUUGAUGGAGCAAUCUGUAAAUGACCCUGAAGGCUCCAAAAGUCAGAUUGAGAACUUGGAACGGGAGAUCCAAGAAAAAAGGAAGCAAAUGAGGAUGCUAGAACAAAGAUUAAUUGAGACUGGUGAAUCUCCGAUGGCUAAUUCAUCACUAGUGGAAAUGCAACAGACAGUCACAAGGUUAAUGACUCAAUGUAAUGAAAAGGCCUUUGAGUUGGAGAUAAAAUCCGCAGACAAUCGUGUCCUUCAGGAACAGCUAAAUGAUAAGUGUUCUGAAAACAGAGAGUUACAAGAAAAGGUGAAGCAGCUAGAGCAGCAACUGGCAACAGUUAGUAGUGGGACAUUGUUAGUUUCUUCUGAUCAGAGUGCGUCAGGAGAACACAUUGAUGGGCUGAAAAAGAAAAUACAAUCCCAGGAAAUUGAAAAUGAAAAACUGAAGCUUGAGCAAGUUCACUUGUCAGAGGAGAAUAGUGGGUUGCGAGUGCAGAAUCAGAAACUCUCUGAAGAAGCUUCUUAUGCCAAAGAACUGGCGUCUGCUGCUGCUGUGGAACUGAAAAAUUUGGCUGGGGAAGUGACAAAACUUUCAUUGCAGAAUGCAAAGAUGGAAAAAGAAUUGAUGGCUGCACGAGAUCAGGCCAACUCUCGUAGUGGUGUGCAAACGGUUAAUGGUGUCAACCGCAAGUACAUUGAUGCAAGAUCUGGAAGGAAGGGGAGGAUCUCUAGUCGUGCUAAUGAAAUUUCUGGAGCUGGUCUAGAUGAUUUUGAGUCAUGGAGUCUUGAUGCUGAUGAUUUGAAAAUGGAAUUACAAGCUCGGAAACAACGAGAGGCAGCUCUUGAGGCUGCAUUAGCCGAGAAGGAAUUUGUGGAAGAGGAGUACAGGAAAAAGGCUGAAGAGGCCAAGAAAAGAGAAGAAGCCUUGGAGAACGAUUUAGCAAAUAUGUGGGUCCUUGUUGCUAAGUUAAAAAAAGAAGGCGGUGCUGUCCCAGAAUCAAACAUUGAUAAAAAAAAUGAUGGGGCAGAGCAAAUAAAUGAUAAAAAAACCAAUGACAUUGAAAGUAAUAUUGUCUCCAAGGAGCAGCUUUUGGAUGUAUCAAAACCAGACGACGAAAUUCCUAAAGAAGAGCCCUUGGUUGUUCGCCUCAAGGCACGCAUGCAAGAAAUGAAGGAAAAAGAACUCAAGUAUCUUGGCAAUGGCGACGCCAAUUCCCAUGUUUGUAAAGUAUGUUUUGAGUCUCCCACUGCAGCAAUUCUUCUUCCAUGCCGACAUUUUUGUUUGUGUAAAUCUUGUUCCCUUGCUUGUUCUGAGUGUCCAAUAUGCCGCACAAAUAUUACAGAUAGGCUUUUUGCUUUUACAUAACUCUUUUUACAGAGGGCUCUAUCCCAUUGAGUUAUAUAUUCCAUGCUAUUACGGGUGCAAUUCUUUUAUUAGUUUGCCUGUAUGUAAAACCGUUUAAAAGGUAUAUCAACAUCUUUCUUUAAUCCUACCCCAGGGGAACUGUAUAAUAGGGGGAGACAAAAGGGGUGCGGAGAAAGAUUGUGUAAAGAGGGAAAGAGUGAAAACAACACUCCUUAAGUACAUACGCACGAUAUAUGGUUGUUUUACGUAAUACAGCAGAAUUUUGUUGCCC